AUGGGGGAUCACGUCGAAUUCAUGGCCGAUGGCGGCACAGGCCAGAAACUUACAUACGCCACUACGGUUGUUGCAGGCGUUGCAUCUGUGGUUGCGACAAUACUUUCAGUCAUCUCAAUAAUGUUGCAAGCCAAGAAUUAUCGCAAACCUCUUUUGCAAAGAUACGUCGUCAGAAUCCUUCUUAUGGUGCCUAUAUAUUCGAUAGCGUCAUGGACGAGCAUGGUUUCCCUCAAAGCUGCCGCAUUCCUUGAUCCGAUUCGCGAUAUCUACGAAGCUUUCACCAUAUACACAUUCUUCCAGCUGCUCAUUAAUUAUCUCGGCGGUGAACGAUCUCUCAUCAUCAUGACACACGGUCGAGCCCCGGUGCACCAUCUGUGGCCGCUCAAUCAUGUGCUUCCCAAGGUUGACAUCUCUGACCCUCACACGUUUUUGUCUAUCAAGCGCGGUAUCCUUCAGUAUGCUUGGCUGAAACCUAUCCUUGCCCUGUCGGCCAUCAUUAUGAAAGCGACUGGGACCUAUCAGGAAGGAUAUAUUGGCCUCAGUUCAGGCUACCUAUGGAGUGGUAUUAUUUACAAUAUCAGUGUCACUGUCAGUUUGUACGCGCUGGGUCUUUUCUGGGUCUGCAUGAACCAUGACCUGAAGCCAUUCCGGCCUGUGCCCAAAUUUCUAUGCAUCAAGCUCAUCAUCUUUGCUUCUUACUGGCAAGGCUUCUUUCUGUCGAUUUUAGUCUUUCUUGGUGCAAUCCCUGACGAUGUUGAGGGAUAUACGUCAGAUAACCUUGCGGCGGCUAUUCAGGACGCUCUUAUUUGUGUAGAAAUGCCUAUCUUUGCCGUGGCUCAUUGGUAUGCCUUUUCAUGGCACGACUUUGCAGACAACAGCAUUUUAUCCGCGCGCAUGCCUCUACGACACGCUUUCAAAGACGCAUUCGGCAUAAGGGAUCUAAUUGAAGACUCCAAAUUAACAUUCCGAGGAGACACAUACGGUUAUAGGAUCUUUGACUCUGGUGACAAAGUAAUGGCACACGAAGAUUCCAAAUCUCGACUGGCGAGACUCAAGGAGGGCAUGAGAUAUGAGCGAGGUGGAAAGGGAAAGUACUGGCUUCCUAAGCCGGGAGAAGUUAACUCCACUACGCCUCUCCUUCGGGGUAAUGGUGAAUCUAGCGACAAUCGCCCUGACCAGAUCAACGAAAACACCCAUGGUACUUUCGAAGAACCAGAGGUCGAUGCUGACGAAGACCGCCUGUAUGAACAAGCACGACAGCUGGAGUAUGGUGACUGGAAUUAUCCCGUAAUCACGGCCAGUGAACCGUUGCGAGAGCGAUAUCGCUCUCCUGGGAGCUUUGGCGGCAGAUCUGCCUACAACAGUCCGUCUGUGAGGUCGCCUGCGACGGAAUACCCACCUACUACCAAGGGCAAACAAAGGAGUAACAUGCAUGUUCCGGCACGCACCCCUCAAACGGAACCUCAGGCUGAGCCUGUUGUCCCUAUUAAAAAGAAGAAGAAGCCCAAGAAGGUUGUCAAGCACGAGGAACCGAACACAAGCAAACUGGGCUUGGACAAAGGACCUGCUCCUGCUGAGGUCGGUGGGCAUGACGGGCAGGUCAGUCCCGGAAACAGCGGGGCAAGGACUUGGAACGAUGAUCAUCAUGAAUCCGAGCAUCACUCAACCUCCAAUUAUCAGUCGAAUUAUGGAACAGAUGAGGAUGAGUUCAGAAAUGUCUGGGGGAGAGAUGAAGAAUCUAGAUAA